GUGAAUUUCGUCCGGGCACCGGAGGGAGGAGAAGGAAAGCCCUUGGUUGUGGGCGUCGUAAACAUCGUGAUGCAGGUUAAAGCCUUGAGCUCUGCACCAGAACCAGCGGCGGCAACUGGGCUCGACACGGCACAUACAGUCGCCUCAGCUUUGGCACCUUCUCUGGACAAGUCCCUCUGGCAGACGAGGCUGUUCGAAAGUCGGCUCCACAUCCUGGUGCACCGAGCCGAUGCGCUUCCAGUGCCAGAUGCGAGCGCGAAGGCUGUGGUGCGGGUGGCUGCAAGGCUCCUUCAGCCCGGCGGCCAUGUGUUGCAAGAGUUGGCCUCCCGAAACCUUCCGGUGGAGCCAGCGACCGCGCACACGGGCGAGGUUUGGUUCAACCAGGAGAUCGUGAUGCCGAUGUCAGUAUCGAUGCUAGAAGCACCUGGGUUGCAGGUUGGACUCGCCCUGGAGAUGGUGUCUUCAACACCAGACGGUGCUGUGACGGACUCCUUGCUGAACCUCCAAUGGUCACCAUCCUCCCUGCCGCUUCUGAAUCCCAUCCACCUCCAUGCCAGGUCCUCUGCCACCGCUUCCACUGCCUCGAGACCUCGACCUGGGCUGCUGGUCUCCAUGACGCGGGAGCCGGGCCAUGAGGCCUUGGAUGGACUGGGAGGUGGUGUAUCCCAUGGCUUGGAGAUCAGGGUGCACGGAGUGCCUCACGGGCGCCCUCUUCCUGAUCUGGUCGAGGGUGCGCUUGUGGCCGUCUGCCCAGAGUCGUCUGUUGGCACAGACACCCGCGACUUGCGCAUACCUGUGGCAACCUAUCUCUACGACCAGCGAAUUGAACUCUCUGCUUUCCUCGAUGAGCACUUCAUCACUGCGGCCUCGAACCUGCGCUGCUUCCUAUCGCCGUUGUCAGGUGCAUCCCGAACUCCUCAGUGGGGGCAAUUUCUCCUGCGCUGUUUGUCGUCGGCAACAGCGCUCAAAGCCGUUACGAUCUUGCUCUUCGAAUGCCGCGGUGCCAGAGCGGACCCAGAUAGUCCGCUCAGCGGGAAUCUUCUUGGUUUUGCCUCCUUGGACGCCUCUUCGCUGAUCGGGUCAGAGCCGAUGUCGCGUUCCUUUCUCUUGGAUCUUCGACUCCUCGAGGCACCUGGUGCCUCCACCUCUCUGGAGAUCGAAGCCCGAGUCUGGCCGCGGGGAGGUGGAGGUACUGCAGACGGGGCCCACGGAAAGCCAGUGGCUGCGACCACAGCACCGACACUAGCUCCGUCUGCUGCGCUGGCUCAGGAAGUGCAGGACUUUAGGCUAAAUCAUGAGCUUUCCGUUCAGCUCUCUAAGGAGUUCAAUAUGCGCGCCGCCGCACUUAAGCGAGCGGGGGAGGAGAUCGUGACCCUUCGAAGGCAGGUGCAGCUGUUGAAGAAUGAGAACAGAUCUCUUCGGGCACAGGUGGAGGAUGAGGAGCUGGCUGGAAAGCUCCAGCGGACCUUAGAGAAAUAUCGGGAGGAGAAGGCAAAGGCUUCCGAGCUGACCCGACGGAUGGAGGAGGCGCUCAAAGAGGUGAAUCGUGCUCGUGGCUUGGAAAGAUCACUGGAAGAGCUGCAGCAGGUGCACCUGGAGCAGAAUCGAGAGCUCCAGCGCCUCCAAGACGAGGGUAGGAAGUUGGACACAUACCGUCAAACAGCAAAGACGCAGGAGAAGGUCAUUUCCAAAUUGGAGAAGAUCCUUGAGAGCUCCUUGCAGGAGGUGCAGAAAGCGCAGAAGGUGCAGGUGGACAUCGAGCGCUUGAAGACCGAAAACCUGAAGCUCAGGGAGCGAUGUUCAAGCUUGCUCACACGGAAGCAGGAAGUGGGCGACGAUGAAGCACAGGAGCUGCGGCAGCGACUCGCAGAGAAGGAUGCUGAAAUUACCCGCCUGCAAAAAGUUGCAGCUUCUCUGAAGAUGAACGAUGUGGAAGUGGGUGAGGAGACCGUCCUGCCUUCGUCUUCACCCGGUACUGCGGCCUUGUCGGCUGAAGAGCAGGAGCAGCUGGCCCACCUGGAAGCGAAGCGCUUUGAAUGGGAGCAGCGAUGCGCGGCCGCAGAGCAGCGGUUGCAGGUGCUGCAGCAGCAGCUGACAGAAAGCUCAAAAAGGUAUGGGGCCGAAAUAUCUUCGUUGGAAGUCGAGAUUGCGAAGAAGGAUGCGCGCAUCAAAGAGUUGGAAUAUCUUCAGAGACAGACAGCGUGUACAGUCCGGGCAAUCAGACCAGAACAUUUGAGUACGCCACUUCCCAACAAUGCAGGAGAUGAAGAGAUUCCACACAGUUCCGGCUCGGAGGUCAGCGCGUCCGUCGAGGAUGUGGUUCAAGAGGCCAAAAUGUUCUUAAAACGGGCCCUCUUCCAGGCUGCUUAUUGCUGGUGGUUUGCACUUCGAUUAGCGAGUCAGUGA